AUGGCGGCGCCAUGGGCGGCGGGAGCCCGGAGCCGAGUACGGGAUCGGCGCUGGAGGCUCCGGGACACCGACCUGAUUACCGGCGGCGUCAGCAAGCUGGAGCCCGGGCCGCAGGGUCAGAAUCUCGAGGAUUACCAUUUACCUUCCAGCCUUCUCACCGUUGCAGAUUCAGAUCUAGGAGGGAUUUCAGGAAGUUUUCCUGGCUGCAUUGAUCAGUCUAUAAUCUCCAUAAUUGAAGCUACAGCACAAACAGAGAAUAAGCUGUUUCUAGAUGAGGAAAGUGAAGCAUCACUACUAACAGCCUUGACCGAGAUACUGGAUAGUGUUGAUGAUGAAAAUCCCUCUCCAUUUGAUUGCAUUCCUGACUCUGAGCUAUUUGCCCCACCAAAGGAUGAUCAAGAGUGCCUUCUGGUUGGACAUCAGUCUUGUGCCACGUUUCCAGAUUUAGGAAAAGAACCUUUUGGACACGUGGUGCCAACUGCUCCAAGGGAUCUGAAUGCCCAGUGGAGAUCAGAGAAGCUGAUGAAUAGAAGUUUUGGAGAGGAGACUUCAAAGCAACGUAGUGAUGGCGAGGAAGAGGAGGAAGAGGAUCUGAUCAGUAAUUGUCAGGGUGUAUCAGAGUUGGGACCCGGUGACUCAUUGGACUUGCAGUUGGGUGAACAGCUUGACGCAGUAGGGUUGGAGAACAACGUAACACUGGUACUUGAAAGCAGUUCACCAUGUGCACACGAUGUUCCGAUGUCUGACCAAGUCAAGGAUGUUCGUCUCCACUGUUUGCCCAAUGGAGUGAUGUGUCUGGGGACAGACAUUGAGCUAGCAGACAGCAUGAUUGAACUGGAGGUUCAUGUGGUCCAGGAGAAUGAAGUACAGGAUCUGGAGUUACCGAUAGUGCUGUGUGCGAAUAGUGAGCACCUACUGCAGAUGAUAGGAGAGAAUGACGUGGAGUCUGUGCUAGCUAAAGACCCUGGUCCAGAGAGCCCGCCACAAACCUUAAAGCAACAGGAAAUCUCUCCACCCUCCCCAGUCACAGUACCAAGUGAACGGUUGAGAAAAACAUCAGGAUCUGAUGAAAUUCUAAUUCCUGUGCAGCUGGACCGUGCUGAAACAUCAUGUGAACAUCACAGUCUUGAGACCCAGGUUCAAGCAGCAGAAGAUCAGGAACACUCCAUCAAAGUCCAACAGAAACAGGAGUCUCAAUUUCUAACCCAACAAACAGAACAAGAUGUGAGGAGAAUCAAAACUAGAGACGUUACUGCCAGGAGGGAGAGCAGCCAAGUCACCGCAUUUAGCAAGGGUGCAAAAGAGCCACAUAAUCCAUCACCAUGUGAGAGCGAGCCUGCACUGGGAGGUUGCAGCAUUCGCCAGUCAGUCGAGCCUCAGCCUGGGCAUGGAGUCACACUUGCAAAUGAGGCCAUACACCCUCAACAAAGUGUAGACAAUGAGCCUGUUCCGGUAUCCCAGUGCCCUAAGUCAGACCUGAUAAGUCAGCAUCCUGGGUCUACUUCAUCCACAAUAUCACCAUUGUCUACUUGUGAUGUGCAGUCUCCUGCUGUUCUUGAAACAACCACCAAUGAAUCCAAACUGCGAUCAAUCAGCCUCCAACAGUAUCGGCUGCGACUCCAACAACGAAAACGAGAUGGUGUCCUCUCAGUGCCUGAGAAACCAAAACUUGGUACUGAUACUAACAGCAAGAGUGCCUGGCCUGUUGUCCCCAUUCAGUCCAUUGUCCAGGGGGAGCUCAGUAUUUUGCCAUUAGAACCUGCUGGACAUGUGGUCAGAAGGCAGGCCUCUCCUGCUCAGGUCCCUCUGCUCCACCUGCGGGACUCACCUCAAGGACAAGCUGCUCCCAUCCAGGUCCUAUCCAAAGAUAAGCAUACCCCAUUCACCCAUCAAGCAAUCCCACCUACUGCAAAACUGCCUACUUGCUCUGUAACUCCAUCCUCUGUGGCACUACCUGCCGGCCACCUGGCUCCACCAUCUGUGGGACAUCUGACUCCACCCAGUCUGCCCCCAUCUACCCCUCUGUCACCACCCACCUGUCACCUACCUCCACCACCUGUGGCCUUGCCCUCCCACCACCUGCCACCACCACCUGUGGUCCUGACACCUCACCACCUGCCCCCACCCCCUGUGGCCCUGCCCCCCCAUCACCUGCCCCCACCCCCUGUGGCCAUGCCUCCCCAUCACCUGCCCCCACCCCCUGUAGCCAUGCCUCCCCAUCACCUGCCCCCACCCCCUAUGGCCAUGCUGCCCCCUCACCUGCCCCCACCACCUGUGGCCAUCCCUCCUCACCACCUGCCCCCACCCCCAGUGGCUGUGUCCAACCACCACCUGCCCCCACCGUAUCUGUGCUCACCCCCUAUGGCCCUGCCCACCCAUCAUCUGCCCCCACCUCCUGUGGCCCUGCCCACACUAUCACCACCCAGCCACCCCCUGACCCAAACGCCAUCUGCUUGUCAUUUGGCCAAACCUUUUAUUGUACCAUCCAACCACUGCCUGACUCUUCCCACUGUGCCCCCACCAUUCCCACCAUUGGUCCCACCCCCUUUGACCCCUCAUGCUCCUCCUCAGGCACGACCCACUUCUAAUGCAUUAUCUGCUCCACCACCUGGUCAGGCUCCACCCAUUCUUGUCCAGUCCGUGCCUGCUCAGGCUCCACUGACUGUCCAGUCUCCACCUACUCUCCUGGCCAAACCACCACCUGCUCAGGCUCUGGCCGCACCGGCUCUGGCCCCAGCCACAACCACUUUGACCAUUCCUGCCCAGGCCCCGGCCGCCCCCUCCCUGGCCCCUCCUGCGCAGGCCCCGGCCGCCCCCUCCCUGGCCCCUCCUGCGCAGGCCCCGGCCGCCCCCUCCCUGGCCCCUCCUGCGCAGGCCCCGGCCGCCCCCUCCCUGGCCCCUCCUGCCCAGGCCCCGGCCGCCCCCUCCCCGGCCCCUCCUGCCCAGGCCCCAGCCGCCCCCUCCCCGGCCCCUCCUGCCCAGGCCCCGGCCGCCCCCUCCCUGGCCCCUCCUGCCCAGGCCCCGGCCGUCCCCUCCCCGGCCCCUCCUGCCCAGGCCCCGGCCGCCCCCUCCCCGGCCCCUCCUGCCCAGGCCCCGGCCGCCCCCUCCCCGGCCGCCCCCUCCCAGGCCCCGGCCGCCCCCUCCCAGGCCCCGGCCGCCCCCUCCCAGGCCCCUUCUGCCCAGGCCCCGGCCCCUCCUGCCCAGGCCCCGGCCGCCCCCUCCCAGGCCCCUCCUGCCCAGGCCCAGGCCCCGGCCCCUCCUGCCCAGGCCCCGGCCCCUCCUGCCCAGGCCCCGGCCGCCCCCUCCCCGGCCCCUCCUGCCCAGGCCCCGGCCGCCCCCUCCCCGGCCCCUCCUGCCCAGGCCCCGGCCGCCCCCUCCCCGGCCCCUCCUGCCCAGGCCCCGGCCGCCCCCUCCCCGGCCGCCCCCUCCCAGGCCCCGGCCGCCCCCUCCCAGGCCCCUUCUGCCCAGGCCCCGGCCCCUCCUGCCCAGGCCCCGGCCGCCCCCUCCCAGGCCCCUCCUGCCCAGGCCCAGGCCCCGGCCCCUCCUGCCCAGGCCCCGGCCCCUCCUGCCCAGGCCCCGGCCCCUCCUGCCCAGGCCCCGGCCCCUCCUGCCCAGGCCCCGGCCGCCCCCUCCCAGGCCCCUCCCGCCCAGGCCCCUCCUGCCCAGGUCCCAGCCGCCCCUGCCCAGGCCCCUCCUGCUCAGGCCCCCUCCCCGGCCCCUCCUGCCCAGGCCCCGGCCGCCCCCUCCCCGGCCCCUCCUGCCCAGGCCCCGGCCGCCCCCUCCCCGGCCCCUCCUGCCCAGGCCCCGGCCGCCCCCUCCCCGGCCCCUCCUGCCCAGGCCCCGGCCGCCCCCUCCCCGGCCCCUCCUGCCCAGGCCCCGGCCGCCCCCUCCCCGGCCCCUCCUGCCCAGGCCCCGGCCGCCCCCUCCCCGGCCCAUCCUGCCCAGGCCCCUUCCACUGUGGCUGCUCCUACUUCGGCCACCGCGUCACCCACUCUGUCCCUUCCUGGUCUGGUCCCGGCCCCCCUUCCUCAGGCUCCAGUGGCUCCCACUCUGCCCGAACCCCCUGCGGCCCAUCCUGCAUGGGCCCUAGCUGCACCCGCUGUGGCCCCUCCUGCUUUGGCUCCUCUCCACGCAGCCCCUCCUGCUCCGGUCCUAGCCACCCAAUGCAGUUUCACGCAACAACUGUCAAAUGACACUCCAAACAGGAUAAGGCAGAAAGUAGUACCUCCAGUUCUCCCAGGGAGCUUGAAACCUCUAAACAAAACCUCAAUCUUGGCCCUACAGCCUCAGCAAGUCCCGACCACAUCAGUCCACAAAGCCCUCAUCCCACCUGCCAGAACUCCUCCACCAUCAACUCUAAUGUCAGGGGAUUCAGAGUGCCCAUCACUGCUGCCUGUGAUCGGGCCUCAUGAUGCUGCUUCAGAGGAGGAUAUUCCACGCUGUCAGAAUGACUUGCUGCCUGAAUCUGUCCAGAGAACUACAAUGGAGACUAUGCUCACAACAUCUCCAUCAGUCCCACUCUCUGAGCCUCCUCCAGUGCAGCAACUUCAAUCAUCCACGGCAACCCAGGCAUAUGAAGGAGUUGAUCAGGGCAACCUUAAAGCAGGAAUUGAGGCAGCCGACCUGAUGAGUUUAUUGGAACAGUUUGAAGUCACUGAGGUGUCAGAAGAAUCACCUGGGAACAGCAGUGGGUCAGAGGUUCCUGAGGAGUGGAAACUGUUAGAUCACAUAUUUGGAGCAGAAUUGGCAAGUACAGCAGGUUUGACGCCUCCAGCAACUCCUCCGCAUCAGAUAUGGAAAUCACUACCACCACCAGUGUGCUUUCUGGGCAAACGAAAGUUGCAGCAAACAGCUGAGGGCUUUGAAGGCUCUCCAGUUAGGACUGCGAAGCUGAUUGAUCCAAAGCCUAUGGCACAGAAUAACCGGACAAAGUGUUCAAGCCUGCAGCCUUCAGUUGAGCCCCCGCUCACUGCUGCCAAUGGCUUUGGGGAUCACAUAUAUUGUUUGCCAAGAGUCAGCACCCAGUCGUCAUCAUGCAACAUCUAUCCACCGGCUGUGAGCCAGCCAGAUGUUGCUUGCCGCUGGAAUAUCAAGCGCCAAGCUAACAUUACCAUUAAACCCAUUACCUUCCUGAAUCGUCAACGCCGAAGCCCAACUCAUCAGGCCCGGACAGGGGACCAGCAGCGAGGAGCUGGCCCUGGUAUUGAAAGGAACACGUCAGAUUCCCAGAAGACAUUGCCGGGAGUUCAGGUGUCCUCCAACAUGCUUCCCAAUGGAACAGGAAGCGAGAAACCCAGUAGGAGCUUCUCAUCAGCAGUGGACCAAAGAAACAUUGGAGGCGACACUGCAGAGGGAAACUGUUGUGUAAUUGUAGCUCCCUCUCCAAAUGGAGAGACUGAGGGGAGCAAACCUUUUGAUUCUUCCCAUUGUUCAAGAAGGACUCGGACCUCCCCGUGCUAUAGGCACCAGCGGUAUCUUAGCUCCUCAAGUUCCACAUCCUGCUCCCGCUCUCGGUCCCGGUCCCAUUCUCCUACACGGAAAAGGAGACGAUAUGGCAGGAGACGAUCUCGUCAUUCUCGACACAGUUCACGAUCAGAUUCCAGAUCGAGCUCACGUUCCAGGUCAUGUUCCAGAUCAAAUUCAAGAUCUGACUCUGGAUCUAGAUCCAGAUCACGAUCAUCACGAAGACGCAGUGUUCAUAUGAGUUAUUACGCAGAUACUUACGACGUGUUUCCUGAGGAACCGAGAUGUCAGUACUCGAGAGCUCACUCACGCAGAAUUAAUCAGCGACGGGAACUUGCUAUAGAAGAACGGCGAGUUGUUUAUGUUGGGAAAAUCCGGAAUGGGAUGUUGCGUGAGGAAUUGAGGAGGCGAUUCGAAGUGUUUGGAGAAAUUGAGGAUUGCAACAUUUAUUUUAGGAGUGAAGGAGAUAACUAUGGUUUUGUCACGUACCGUUACACAUGCGAUGCAUUUGCUGCUAUUGAGAAUGGACAGACGUUGCGUAAACCUGACGAACUGCCCUUUGACCUCUGUUUUGGUGGCCGGCGGCAGUUUUGUAAAACCAAUUAUGCAGAUCUAGAUUCCAGUCAUGCAGACUACAGUUCUUAUUCAACCAAAAGCAAGUUUGACUCUUUAGACUUUGACACUUUAUUAAAACAGGCCAAACGGAGUCUUCGGAGGUGACAGCAGUGACAGCGGAGGAGGGGAAGGAGUGCAAGGGAGAAGCAAGUCUGAGGGCAUUGUGUCUCCUGUUUACAUGCUGCUACUGGAUCAGAUUGAGAUUUAUAUAUAAACUCUAGGUGUCUGUGUGACUGACAAUGCAAGAAGUGUCUUGCCAUCUGCGUCAAGCAGUUCACACUUUGGAGAGAUAAAAAGAAAUCUUUUUAAAAAAUCAAAUAAAAUAUAUCUGCUAAA